AUGGUUACAUCUUUGGUGUACGACAACAAACAUUACGAAGAUAUUGUGGGUUUCCAUUACCUAUUGUUUUACUUAUUAGGUCCAGCGUUAACAAUAGUAAAAGCAGUGCCACUUACAGCUGACAAUUAUUCUAUUGCUUGGAACGCUCUUAAAAGUCGAUAUGACAAUAAACGCUUAUUGGUCACUGCGCACAUUGAAAAAUUAUUUACAUUCGCGCCGUUAACAAAGGAAUCCCCUACAUCACUUUCAUUGUUCGUCAACACCUUUCGGGAAAAUGUAUCAGCUGUACAAGCUCUUAGAGUCAGAGCUUGGCUGGUUUUAUACUAUUCUACAUUGGUUCACUCGUUAUUGAUCCCAUGA